AUGGCCCCUCCACCGCCCCCUCCUCAAUGGGUCCUCGACCUCGCCUCCACACCCCCGUCCAAACCCAAGUCCGGCGCCUACGCCGACCCACCCGGCUACACCACCCCCACCGCCCUGCAACCCUCCCGCUCCAACAAAUCCAAGUCCGCAGCGACCCCUCGCAAACAGCCCUCACCGGCCGAAAUGGACACACUCAAGCUCAAAAAAGCCUGGGAACUGGCCCUCGCGCCAGCCAAACAACUCCCCAUGAACGCCAUCGGCAUGUACAUGACCGGCAACUCGCUGCAGAUCUUCAGCAUCAUGAUGGUGUUUAUGCUGUUCAAGGGCCCCGUGCAGGCGGUGUUGAACAUUAACAACACGUUUGCGCGGCUGGAGACGGAGGGGAAUAAGGGGGAUAUGAUGUUGGUGAAGGCGGCGUUUGUGGGGUGUAAUUUGCUUGCGUUGGCGUUGGGAGUGUGGAAGGUUAAUGGGAUGGGGUUGUUGCCGACGACGAGAUCGGAUUGGCUGGCGUGGGAGACGGCGAGGGAGCCGAUAGAGAGGGCGUACUUUGUGCCUUCAUGA